GAGCCCCGCCCCCAGGGAAGAGGCUGCAGCGACCCCGAUACCUGCCCGGGGCUUGGGGCAGGGGGGCGCCAGCCAGCGGCCCCUGGUGCAUUGAGCACGGGGGAGGGAGGGUUGCCAGCAGAUUCCUUCCCCCAGCUGAGCAAGCAGGGAAGGGACCCCCCCCCCCGCGUGUCUCCCCCCCCAGCAGCCGGUGACCCCCCCGGGAUGGUCACACCUGGACGCGCUCACUCCUCCCCGGCCCGGCGACCGGGAGACAGCACCCUAGGCUUUGCCAUGCCAGAUCAGACCACUGGCGCAUCAGGACUGGUGUAGAGAAGCCAUAUGAGAUGUCCCCAGUGAUUCCAGCAGCAUUCCUUUCCCCGAGCGACCUCCCCUUGAUCGCACCUUGAGAUGCCCUCCCUGAGCCCCCGUGGCCAACGGAACACUGGACCAUGAAGUCCCCCAGUGCUGUGAUCUGCAGGGAGAAGCCGGCUCUGAGCGUUUACCCUUAUGGCUCUGAACGGGAUGGCUGGGAAGAGGCCAGGGAUGAUGAGGACGUGAACUCAGCCCAGAGCAACUGCACCAUAAGCCACCUGGAGCAAGCUGGUUGGUACUGGGGUCCCCUCACCGCAGCAGAGGCCAGGCGCAUUCUCUGCCCUGCCCUGGAAGGCUCCUUCUUGGUGCGCAACAGUUCCAGCCCAGACAACCUGCUCACCCUGUCGGUCAAAACCUCUGUCGGGCCCACCCACAUCCGGAUCUGCUACAGUGCUGGCCGUUUCGGCUUGGACUCGUCCGUCCUGGCCAAGCCCAAGCUCCAGAGCUUCAAAGACGCCAUGGCCUUGGUCCAGUUCUACUCCCUGGCCUCGCUGAAGCAAGCAGAGCGGCUGGGGCCAUCGGAGCAGGAGAUCACGUCCCUGUCCAAGGAUCCGGCCAUCCACCUGAAACUGAUCAAGCCCCUGUAUGUUUCUGUGCCGGCCUUGCAGCACCUGUGCAGGCUCACUAUCAACAGGAGCACCCGGCAGGUCACGGCCCUGCCCUUGCCUGGGAGGCUCAAGGAUUACCUGCUGAAGUACCCAUACGUGCUCUGAGAGACCCCGCACCUCUCCAUCCAACCCUGGCAAAACAUGGUGCUCUCCCCGCAACCCACUCCGCUCUGGUGCCAGCACGGAUGGACUCCGAAGGGCCCCUGGUGUUGCUUAGCUGGAGUGCGGCAGAACGUGGCUUCGGGGUCAGGUACAAGUGUGAGGGGCUGAGCGAAAGGCAGGGUCUCCGGAGCUGGGAUCGAAGCAGGCCGGGGGCAGAAAGCGUGGUUUUUUUCAGUCUUUCUCUGGCUCUGGUGUCCCUAGCUAGGGCCGGUAAUAAAAAUUCAUUGUACUAUU